GCGCUUCACUUCAGUCCAGCGUCUCUGCUCUCGACUCCUUCUUCUCCAGCUUUUAGUCAUGCUGCGUCUUCCGGUUUCCUGCCUUCUUCUGGCCCUGGCGGCGUCUAUCGCCUCCUCGGCCGUCAUAGUCGAAAACGGCAUGCCCCUCAUGUGGUCUCAGGCUGCUGCCCAGGUGACCGACCUGCCCGUGCAGAACGACAUUGUGGUGGCCAAUCCUUGGAACUUCCUGCACCGCAUGAGCUUCUAUCGCCUGAUCAUCACCGCCACCAACCCCUUCAUGGGCUCCAUGGGGAACAGCCCUACUGACAGUCCCUUAUGGGGUCUGCCUCUGCAGGCUGGUUGGAUGCUGACAUCAGGACGUUUCGCUGACCCGACCGGCACCACAACCUGUGGCCUGCAGACCGGAGACACCAUGUGCAUCUCUCCCCAGAGCUGGUAUGGCUGUGUGAAUCACUUUACAUCCGUCCUGCCUUUCCUGUCUGCCGCCAAGCAAGGCUUCUUUGGAGAAGGAGUCCAGGUGCAGAUGGAGGCGCCUGAAGGUACCGAGGACUACUGCACCACCUACGCCGACUGCACCGCUCGUCACACUGACAUCAUGGCUAAGUGGGACGCCUUCUUCCAGGGUCUGAAGGCUUCCACCAGCUCCCCCCUGCCCGACAAUGAGAAGAAAGACGCCAUCCUCGGACUGUACUGGGAUGCUCACAUGGCUUCACUGCACGCCUCUGCAGCCUGCAACGCCAAGCAGAGUUACUACUCCGCACCUGAGGUCAGCUUUGCUACCAGCUGGAUCAACUCUGCAGAAUAUGUGUCAGCCGCCAACUUCCAGUCCACCCUCGAGAGAUCUGUGUUGUUCUUGACACCGCUGCCAGGCCGCCUUCUGCAGGAGGGUGACAGUCCACCCAACAUUGCCGACAUGACCCAGGAAGAGAACCACACUCUGAAUGUCUUCUCCUGGAUGAAGAACAUGAACAGCAUUCUGGGAGGAUCGCUGGUAGGUAUGUGGCGUAGCUCCAUGUGCUCUGUGACCACCAGAGAGAAAGGCAGAGAGAUGCUGGAGCAGCUCCUGCUGGACCCUCGCUUUCCUACCACCACUUUCCUGUCCAUCAUCACCAACAUGGCCACCAGCUGCUAGUGGAAGGAUGCUCAAUAAAAAAACUCAAUAAA